CGCGCUCGUCUCGUGGAAAAACGGUUAUUAACUGGAAACAUUAGUCGGGUUCACAGCGAGGGAGCGGUGCAUGUUCACACACAUUUGGCAAAUGUCUUGAGAUUGACCAGCUAAUGAUCUGGCAGUCAUUCCUCUAAUGUUUUACACACAGACCGCCAAGGAAACACGCGCGGAACUCAGAAGAAAGCGCCCUUUGUCGCGAUUUUCUCCAGACACAGGGUUGUGAUGGUCAAACAUGAGCGGUGAGCGUCAGAAGCGCCGGGAGGAGAUUCAGAGAGCGCUGAGCUUCAUCAAAAGUUCUCUGCCUUAUCCGGACCCUGAAGGCUAUGAGGGCUUUGUGCUUCAGCUGGUGUGUGAUCUCUUAGAUGAGGGCAAUGCCGUGUUUCGAGAGGGCGACUGGACGCAGGCGCGUGAUCAUUUCAGCGAGGGCGUCAACGUGGCGUUUUACGCUCAAGCUGAGGGGCUGAACGUUCCCGCCGCCCUGCUGGAGAGUCUGUACAUCAACCGCGCAGCCGUCCAUCAGAACAUGGGUGAGUUUGACAGCAGUGUGAAGGACUGCGAUCGCGCUCUGGAGGUGUGUAAGGACAGCGCUAAGGCGUUGUAUCGUAAGGCCGUGUGUCUGAAGGAGUCUGGAAAACUGAGAGAGGCAUACGACUGCAGCACUGCAUGUCUGCUGGCCUCACCGCAGGAUCAGACGAUCAGUAAUUUGUCCAAGGAAAUUGCAGCCAGUCUGGGCCUGAAAAACAGAAAAGCGUACAUCAGUUCUCACAGGGGGAAAGCAGCAGGUUCUGAGGACGACUCUGUCGCGCCAUCACCUUUAGAUGAGAUUUCUUCUGUUGGGCUGGAGGAAGUGACUGACUCCGCAGCUGACUCUGAUUGGCCGUCUCCUGUCUUACCCGCUCCGGUCCCCGUGAGCGACUCCCACGAGGCCCUGGGUCUGUCCGGAGCUGUGCCGCUCUCGGUGCCCGUGUCUCAGCUGCUGGAGGACAAUGAGCUGAUUGGAGACGAGCUGGACAGUCUGCUGGACUGCAUGUCUAAAGAGGAAGACGCAUCGCAGAGCGGAGUCGUUCCCAGCGCUCUGCUGUGUUUCUCGUCUCCUCGUCUUCCUCCUGCCUUCUUCUCGUCCGUCGGGAGUCAGUUGAACUCUCUUGACUCCUUCACUAAACCGAAGCUGAGCUCGGACUGCUCCAGUGGCGAUCUGGACGCGUUGGACUCCAUCUGUCCCUCCGGCGGCUCCGUGUCCCUGCAGCUCCCUCUGGUGGUGGGAGGAGACGCGCUCGAUUCGCUGUCUGAAUUCACUCUGCCAGGUGGGAAAGUCUGUCGCAGUUUUCUGCCGUCAGUCAAACUGACACAUUCCCCUCAUACGAGGAAUGGUCAUGUGACCUCGACUCUGUCCCGUCUGUGCAAGAACCCGCUGGAACAAACGCAUGAUUUCACUCAAGCCUGCAGCAGCUGCUUCAGCAGUACAGGUCCAGGUGUGCUAGAUUUUGAGUUCAGGACUGAUGUUUCUCACAGCUGUAAGAAGGAUCUUCUGCUGUGCAGGAGGAGGGGUGGGGCUAACUCACCCUGGAGGCGGAUUCGGCCCCGCCCAACUCACAACAACUUCCAGGCUGCUUUUGUGCUCUGUAGAGAGGUGUUGGAGAAUCAGGUGUGCAAGUAUGGAGAAGGCUGCACGUUUGCAUAUUGUCAAGAAGAGAUCGACGUGUGGACACAGGAGAGGCGGGGCUUACUGGUCAGAGAGCUGCUCUUCAAUCCGCUCUCGACCAAUGAGAGACGAGCACUCAGCGUCAUCGAACUUCUGAACAUACACACGGGCAUGUUCAUGUUCCUCUGUGAGGCCUGUUUUGACUGCAGACCCAGAAUGAUCAGCAAACGCUGGAAGGAGAAUCCCGCUCUGUGUGCCAACGUACCGACACAACAUCAGUUUGACCAAAAAAAGUGUGUGAGAAACACUGCAAACUCAUUGUGGAGACACAUGAAACUAAACAAACUUCAUCUGUGUGUGUUUUUAGGAACCACUCAUGAAGAGAUUGUACAGGAGUCUAAAAAACACUGGAACAAAGAGCGUCCUGCGGUCAUAGCUUCACGCUCACCGAACAAAAUCACUGCCGCCAAAUCAAAGAGUCCAAUCAGAAACGAGGAGACAAAUGGGAACAUGGGUCCUGUGCAGGGAACAGGAAGUGCUGAGGUCAAAGGUCACAGACUGGAGCUGAUGAUGAAGUUUGUGUGCGGUCAGUGCUGGAGAGACGGGCUGGUCAGUGAACCGGACCGAGCACUGAAAUACUGCACCGCUAAAGCCAGACACAGCUGGACCAAAGACAGGAGGGUUUUACUGGUCAAAUCCCAAGAGAGGAAGAAGUGGGUCGCAGUUCGACCUUUGCCCUUUGCCAAGACCUUUCCUCAACAAUAUGACAUCUGUGUCCAUGUGCUGAAGCAGCGUAAAUGUCAUUACAUCGGGAACUGUAGUUUCGCUCACAGUCAGGAGGAGAAGGAUCUGUGGACGUACAUGAAGAACAACGACUUCAGGGACAUCCAGCAGGUGUUUGACGUCUGGCUCUCGACCUCCAAUCAGAACAGAGCGUCUGACAGCACCUCACCAUCUCAGCCAAUGGAAGAGAAGCAGAUCACCAUGCCGACGGACUUUGCUGAAGCAAUGCUGAACAGUUUCUACUGUUCUCUGUGUGGGAAACACAGCAACAGUGAUCGGCAGUGGCAGCAGCACAUCUUCACAGAGAAACACAAGCAGAGAGUGUUCAGCGGAGAGGGAGAGGACGAGAGUCUGGCCUGGUCCUAUCGCUUCCCUGGACCCUGUUUCUCCAUCUGUCCCAGGUUGGAAGAUGGCUGUGCUGAUGGUGUGAGUUGCGACUUUGCUCACAGUGAGGAGGAGCUUCAGGAGUGGUGUAACCGGAGGGAUUUCCUGCGCAGGAGGUUAAACGAAGCCAGAGCCAAAAUGCUUAUCUCUCCAACUGACAAUGAAUUUGGCAUCUUGAACUUCCUACUUCAGAAUCAGGACUAAACAAGCAAGCCUACAUUUGUACUUUGUUUAUGAGAUUUUAAUCAGGUGAGAGUUACUGCAGGUGCUGAUGAGUGUUCACAUGUUUUAAUCAAGCUGAAAGAUGUUAAACCUUUAGACUGAAACACAUCACCCAGAACACGAUUCUGACGUGUGUUUGAGUUUGUGUUUGAUGAACGGAUCUUUUACUUCAUGUUGCUUAAAUAGAGAAUAAAUGCUGUUCAUACACUUAAUAAACGUUUCAUCUGUUAGACAGCGAUCAGAACAUUUUGUCUUUCAGCUGUUGAUAUGCAUUUAAGUUCCUGGAUUUCUCCUGCAUGCAGUAUUUAUCCAGGACUUCAGUAAGACAAAGAGGACAGAUAUUAUUUUUUUAAGUUUGUUUUACUUUUACUGUAAUUCAGUUUAUAAAAGAAAAUGAAACUUACACAUUGAUCACAGUAUAAUGCAGUAAACAUUACUUUUGUGAAACAUGUUUGUUAUAGUAUCGGUUUU